ACCUCCGCACUCCAAACCCCACGAGAAAAAAAAAAGGUUCUGUGAAACAACACGCGCAGCGAAGCGACGCAGCAGCAACAAACGCCGCCACCUCGUCGUCUCGGCCUCCGCACGAGCGCGCGCGGGGGAUCUCGCGCUCGCGCACCCGCGCGCGCGCACCGAGGAGGCGCAUCCGCAGGGUUUGGAGCGGGGCGAUCCGGCGGCGAUGGCGAACCGGGUGAAGGAGGACGAGAAGAACGAGCGGAUCAUACGCGGGCUGCUCAAGCUGCCCGCCAACAAGCGGUGCAUCAACUGCAACAAUUUGGGGCCACAAUAUGUCUGCACAAAUUUCUGGACCUUCGUUUGUACCAAUUGCAGUGGAGCACAUCGGGAGUUCACACAUCGAGUGAAAUCUGUUUCCAUGGCCAAAUUUACUGCACAAGAAGUUACUGCCCUUCAAGGAGGAGGAAAUGAGCGUGCUAGAGAAAUAUUUUUCAAGGAAUGGGAUCCUCACCGCAAUGCAUACCCUGACAGCAGUAAUGCUGAUAAAUUGAGAAAUUUCAUUAAGCAUGUUUAUGUGGAACGGAGAUACACAGGAGAAAGAAGUACUGAUAGGCCACCGCGGGGAAAGGAUGACAAGGAUGGAUAUAGUGAAAAUAGGAGAUCUGAUGGAAAUUGGGGUGGUUCAAGAAGUCCACCAGAUGGAAGUUACUCUGACCGUCGGAGUUAUAGUGGACAGAGUGACGACAGAAAUUCCAGGUAUUCCUAUGGAGACCGUAGUCCUGGCUAUGACCAAAAUGACUAUAAGAAAAGUCCCCGCUACUUUGAGGUUGUCGAUGAUAGAUCUGGAAAAACGACUCCAGUUCAAAGGUUUGAGGACCGCAGGCUUUCCGAACCAAGGAAGCCAGAUAGUGGGUCUCCAAACUUCCAGAAAGAAGCCGAUGGGUCUAGUCCUGUUGUACGGCCAGUGAGGGAUAUAUUGGGUGACGACGCUCCUCAACUGCGGGUUGGUGAACCUUCAAAGCCUGCUGUUGAACCUCCAAAGCCAAGUGUAGUCAGACCAAUUGAUCCUCCAAAGCCAAGUGUAGCCAGACCGAUUGAUCCUCCGAAACCAGAUGGAACCGGGGCAAUUGAUCCUCCACCACUGACAAAGAUGAUGUCUACUGCCAGCAGUAUUGCUUCUUCUGAGGGGACUUCGGAACAGACGAAGGUGGCAACUGCAGUGAGUUUAAUUGAUUUCAGUGCAGAUCCUGAACCUACUGUAUCUGUAGCACCACCACAACCAGUCCCUAUGCCACAGCAGCUCCCUGUAAAUGCAGCGGCACCACAGUCUGUACUUGAACAAGGGAAAAGUGUUCCAUCAGUGAGCGGUGGUGACUGGGCAACUUUUGAUGCUUUCGGCCAACAACAAACACCACAAGCAGGCAGCAGUGCAAAUCCUCUUGAGUCUGCACUUGCACAACUGUCAUUCUCUGAAACACCCUCUGCACCCAAUGCAUUAGCCUUUCCAGCUUCUCUUGAUCCCACUCCAAAAGUGAAUGAUGGAGGACAGUCGUCCAUGAUCGACCAGUCGCAUUCCUCGUUGUUUGAUGCUCCCUUUGGAAUCUCAGGUGGCCAGGCCUCAACAGUUAUGUCCAUCCAAGGAUCUUCAGUUCAACAAUCUCCUCUAGCUGCCCCUGCAGCUGGACUUCCAUCUCAGGUGACUGCAAAUCCACACGGAACCGAUGUUAUUCAAGGAGCACCAUCUUCUACUGACAGCAGAUCCUGUGGCCGGAAAGAACUUCCAGCGGAUAUCUUUACUGCACUAUAUUCAACAGGAGCUCCUACAAUGCCUGGUUGGCAGAGAGCUCCCCAAUUUGGAAUGGGAUAUGCUAUGCAAUAUCCUGCUGGAAUGUUACAGGGAAUGCAAGCAUAUCCUCAAACUGUGUUUCCUCAACCUGCAUAUCGACAACCUGUAUAUCCGCAACAUGCAUAUCCCCAACCUGUGAAAGCUUCAAACCCUUUUGAUCUUGGGAACGAGCCGGCUUUGCCCCUAUCUGGGCCACUGGGAACAUCAGCAGGCACAGCUCCCCAAGCCUUACUUGGCACCUCUAGUUUUGGUGUUCCUCCACAACAGCCUCACCAGCUGUAUCAGUCAUCUUCACCUCCAAGCCGUGUCAUGAUGCAGCAAGUUCCAAAUAGCAUGCUCGAGCAGCAACCUAAUAGCAUGCAUGCAACACAUGGAGGUUUGGGUUCCUUCAACAUGGGUUUUGAUCAACAAGCUCCUCCCAGAUACCCCCAGCCUAGCAUCCCACCUUCCUAUGGCUCUCUUGGGGGUAAUCCUUUCGGGUAAAAGAACCAUCAACUGUGGAAACCAUAUUACCUGCUCUUUUGGACUAUUGUGCAUCUUCAGACCAAGGAUUUGCAGCACUCAGCGAGACGAACAUGCAUCCAAACCCUCGAGAGAAUUUGUUUCAUACCUGGUUGUGUAUUUUGUCGGCCGUAGUCCGUUGUACAACUUGUUUCCAAAGGGAUAAUGAUCGAAUGUAACUCUAUUUUGGAGGGCGUAAGUUCCAGGUGUGUGCGUGCUUACAGCCCCAAUCCUUGUAUAUUUUGUGUUACCAGUAUUCUGCUUGAAUUGCAUAGUAUGUAUUUUUUCUUCUUCUUGGUUUGGGACCUUGAACGGUAGCCGAUCAUGUAUACUAGCUCAGAAUGUCGUUUCUAGUGCAGUUGGUUAUUCAGUUUAAUUUGGAUGAUAAUAUCGGACUGUAUACUCAAUGAAGUGUAUAAUUGUGAUCAGUCAACUUUGCGAUUGCCUUUAUCUAAUCUCUACCCGAGAUGGUCAGAAAGAUCAUGGGGAAUCUUCAUGUUUGCAACUAAAGAUGCCCAAUUCUAAGUUUUGCCAAAGAAAAUUGACACUUGUUCUUUUUGUUCCC